CAUCACAUACAGAUCAUGUUGUGUAUAUAAUACUUGAAAAUAGAACCUUUAACCUUAGUCAACAUAGAAAUGCUAAAUAUUGAAACCAAAGAGGUUUUUCAUAAGAUUUGACGAAAAAGAUAGGUAAAAAACAGUUUAGGGAAAUAUUAUGAAUUAGUUGGUAAGGAAAUAAGGUUGUGAAUUAUACACUAUUGGUCAAAAUUUAAUUUUGUUGAAGUAUCUUGAACCCAACCUAGAUUCACUUGAGUUUUCUGUCUUUAACCUUGAGAUUCUAAUAAAGUGUAGCAAUCAGUAAAAGCUAGUUAUACUACAGUUGAGAGAAUUCUUUAUUUUAUUACUGUUAAAUUUUUCCUUUAUACUACUGCUAUUGAAUCUCAUUUUUAUCUGGACAGAAGAGUCAAUCUCAAUUCAGAGUCUUUUAAAAUUUGUAUUGGAGUAAUUUGUUUGUCUACAUAGAUCCGGACACUUGGAAAGAGUGCCAUUCACACUGGAUUCAUUCAAAAGUCCAAUCUAUGAGCGUUUUUAGAGCCUGCACUAAACAUUUUUAAGUACUUAGUUUAGCGUCCUUACACCGUUAAGUGUUGGAUAUUAUAAUUUAGUUCCUAGUAUAGGAACAAACCGAAUAUUCUCAGACAAUCAAUCAUGAAAACCACUAAACUAUUUGGUUUUUUAAUGUUAGCUCAAUUGACUUUAUAUGUACAAAAUAUAGGUGUGUGACAUCUUCUUGGCUCCUGCCGUCCCUACUUUGAUUUAACUAUUCCACUACUUUGACAGAGUCAUAUCAAAAGAGAAUAUAUAACACAGAAAAAAUCAUAUAAAAAAUCAAGUAUUGACGUAUUUAGUUGUGCAUAAUAACAAAAACAAUCCACUACUCUUUUUUUCUUUUUUCACAUAAGAUGGUGAAGAAAACUAGGAUAGAAUAAUCACUCAGAACAUAGCUAGAGACAAAAGGUCACUGUAUAAUAUAUUCACAAUAAGCCUUAUUUAAUAUAGGAUAUAAAGGCCCUUACAAUGUUUUUCAGCUUUUUCCUUAAAUUAUAGUAAGAAUCUACAAUAAGUUUUGUUCAUCAAGCUUUAUAUGGCAUAAUUAGUUACUUCAAAGCUUAACCAUCGAAGCUCACCGCUAUGGCGCUAUUGCUUUAUCUCCUACUUUUCUUCAUAACCCAUGUUUCAGCUCAGUCACCACCCACCUCAGGUACAAACUUUUCAUGCUCUGCUAACUCGCCAUCCUCAUGUCAGACCUAUGCUGCUUACUUUGCUCAGUCUCCGAACUAUAUUGAUCUGAAUAGUAUAGCCAAUCUGUUUGGGGUGAGUUCUUUGUCGAUUUCAGAGGCUAGUAAUCUGCUUCCAGAGCAGAUCAAACUGAUUCCAGGCCAGCUUUUGCUAAUACCACUCUCCUGCAGCUGUAAUGGAAGCUAUUACUUUGCCAAUAUCACCCAUAACAUCACCAUGGGGGAAAGCUAUUACUUAGUUUCAACCUAUUCAUUUGAAAAUCUCACUAAGUGGCCUUUGGUUAGAGAUAUGAAUCCUGAACUUAAUCCAAACCUCUUGCAGAUUGGCACCAAAGUUGUUUUCCCAUUGUAUUGUGGAUGCCCUUUAAAAUCCCAUUUGGAAAAUGAUAUCAAAUAUCUUAUAUCUUACGUUUGGCAACCAGAAGAUGACAUUGUUGGUGUUGGUGCCAAGUUUAAUGCCACAGAGGUUGACAUUGUAACUGAAAAUAACUACCGGAACUUCACAGAUGCUGUUGGCUCAGCGGUGUUGAUCCCGGUGUCUCGGUUGCCAUCUCUCUCCCAACCUCCUUAUCCUUCUCAGUCUCAGCCAAGAAACCAACUUAAAGGCAGGUGGUUCCUCAUAACUGUUAUAAGCUUAGCAGGUACUCUUCUUGUUCUGUUUUUAGCUACUUUUCUACUUUACACUAUUGGUUUCUACCGAAAAAAGAAGAAGCUCAACCGUGAGGACUCAUCUCUUGAGUCUAGUGAUCUGAUCCGAACCACCAAAGGUGAUAAUUCUAAGCUUCAGACGAAGGAUAAACUUCUUCCUGGAGUUUCAGGCUAUCUUGGCAAGCUAAUCAUGUAUGAAAUCGAAACAAUUAUAGAGGCUACAAUGAAUUUCGAUGAGCAGUAUAGGAUUGGAGGAUCUGUAUAUAGAGCCAUGAUUCAUGGGAGCUUGUUGGCUGUGAAAAAAGCCAAGCAAAAUGUCUCUGAAGAACUCAACAUUUUGCAGAAAGUCAACCAUGGAAAUUUGGUGAAACUGAUGGGAAUCUCUUUGGACAAAGAUGGAGAAUGCUUCUUUGUAUAUGAGUAUGCUAAAAAUGGUUCACUUGAUAAAUGGUUAAACCCCAAAUGUUUAAGCAGUGGUUCGAGCUCAUCGGGAUUUCUCACAUGGAGUCAGAGAUUAAGCAUAGCAUUAGACGUUUCCCAUGGCCUUCAGUACAUGCACGAACACACUCAGCCGAGCAUAGUUCACAGGGACAUAAGAACAAGUAACAUACUCCUAGACUCAAGGUUUAAGGCAAAGAUAGCAAAUUUUUCAAUGGCUAGCCCAGCUACAGCAGAAACAAUGACAAAAUCUGAUGUUUUCGCCUUUGGUGUUGUCCUGUUGGAGCUGCUCUCGGGGAGAAAAUCUAUGGCAACAAGAGCAAGCGGUGAGAUCAUCAUGUUGUGGAAAGAAGCAAGGGUCAUCUUGGAAGAUACAGAGAAGAGAGUGGAUAAGGCGAAAGAAUGGAUCGAUCCUAAGUUGGAGAAAUUCUACCCUAUAGAAGGUGCACUGAACUUGAUAUCGUUGGCAAAGGCUUGCACAGAAGAGAAGGCUUCUGCUAGACCAAGCAUGGCUGAUGUUGUGUUUAGCCUCUCUGUUCUUACUGAAUCAUUUUCUCACUCUGCAGAAGCCUCUUGGAAUAGUACAUUAGAAGGAGAAGAUAUUGUCCAAAUUACUAGUCCAAUCGAUGCUCGCUAAAAUUCGGUGUAGAUUUGCAGUACUUGUUCUUUGAUCAUUCAUAUUAUGUGGUAAAAGAACUCUCAAUUGUAGUAAUUUCUCAUUGUGGUGAACAAAGGGUAUUGAGUGUAUAGUACUUUCUUUUGAAAUUGGUUGGUUGUCAACUUGUAUAUAAUGAGUGUUAUCAUGUGGUUAUAGCAUAGAUCUAAUUAAGCAAAUAAGAAAAACAAUUAGAGAGCAGUAACUUAACUCAAGGAAAAACAAAAAAAAAUUGCCAAAGGCAACUGUAAA